GUGUAUUUCAAGAAUCUCUCAAAACAGAAACAAAAGGAAGUCAUGGAGAAGAAUGAAAACAACCACAAACUUCGUGUUUGUGUUGCUACUUGCAACCGUGCUGAUUAUUCAAAAUUAGCUCCUAUUAUGUUUGGUAUUAAAGCAGAACCACAGUUCUUUGAGCUUGAUGUCGUAGUGCUUGGUUCCCACCUGAUUGAUGAUUAUGGUAAUACCUAUCGUAUGAUUGAACAAGAUGACUUCGAUAUUCAUACAAGAUUGCACACCAUUGUGAGGGGGGAGGAUGAGGCAGCUAUGGUGGAGUCGGUGGGCCUUGCAUUGGUCAAGUUACCGGAUGUCCUGAACCGCCUGAAACCUGACAUAAUGAUAGUUCAUGGGGACAGAUUUGACGCUUUGGCCCUGGCCACAUCUGCAGCCCUGAUGAAUAUUCGCAUUCUUCACAUUGAAGGUGGAGAAGUCAGUGGUACCAUUGAUGACUCUAUUAGACAUGCGAUAACCAAACUGGCCCACUACCACGUGUGCUGCACAAGGAGUGCAGAGCAGCAUUUAAUAGCCAUGUGUGAAGACCAUGACCGCAUCCUUUUAGCAGGCUGUCCCUCAUAUGACAAGCUUCUCUCUGCCAAAAAUAAGGACUACAUGAGUGUUAUACGCAUGUGGUUAGGUGAAGAUGUCAAAACCAGAGAUUAUAUAGUUGCUCUGCAACAUCCUGUAACCACAGAUAUUAAACAUUCCAUAAAGAUGUUUGAGCUGACACUAGAUGCACUCAUCUCCUUCAACAAAAGAACACUUGUUCUAUUCCCUAAUGUGGAUGCAGGAAGCAAAGAGAUGGUUCGGGUGAUGAGGAAGAAGGGCAUUGAACAUCAUCCCAAUUUUCGGGCAGUAAAGCACGUACCAUUUGACCAGUUCAUUCAGCUAGUUGCUCACGCUGGUUGUAUGAUUGGUAACAGCAGUUGUGGUGUCAGAGAGGUGGGUGCGUUUGGUACACCUGUCAUCAACCUGGGGACACGUCAGACAGGAAGAGAAACAGGUGAAAAUGUUCUUCAUGUUCGUGAUGCUGAUACACAGGAUAAGAUUCUGCAUGCUCUACAGCUGCAGUUUGGUAAACAGUAUCCAUGCUCAAAAAUAUAUGGAGAUGGUAAUGCUGUUCCACGGAUUUUGAAGUUCCUUAAAUCUAUUGACCUCAAAGAGCCACUGCAAAAGAAAUUCUGUUUUCCUCCUGUCAAAGAUAAUAUCUCUCAAGAUAUUGACCAUAUUCUAGAGACACAGAGUGCUCUGGCUGUGGAUCUAGGUGGAACAAAUCUCCGAGUAGCAAUUGUCAGUAUGAAGGGUGAAAUAGUUAAGAAGUAUACCCAGCUCAAUCCUAAAACUUACGAAGACAGGCUAGAAUUAAUUCUAAAGAUGUGUGUAGAGGCUGCAUCAGAGGCAGUAAAUGUGAACUGCAGAAUUUUGGGAGUAGGUGUUUCCACAGGUGGACGGGUAAACGCCCGAGAAGGGAUUGUGCUUCACUCAACAAAACUCAUUCAGGAGUGGAGCUCUGUGGAUCUCAGAACUCCAAUAUCUGAUGCUCUGCACCUCCCAGUCUGGGUGGACAAUGAUGGAAACUGUGCUGCUCUAGCAGAGAGGAAAUUUGGUCAUGGAAAAGGAAUAGAAAAUUUUGUAACACUCAUUACUGGUACAGGAAUUGGAGGUGGAAUUGUUCAUCAACAUGAACUGAUCCAUGGCAGUUCCUUCUGUGCUGCUGAGCUUGGACAUAUUGUUGUAUCUUUAGACGGACCAGAGUGCCUGUGUGGUAGCCAAGGAUGUAUAGAAGCAUAUGCCUCUGGAAUAGCAUUACAGAGAGAAGCUAAGAAACUGCAUGAUGAGGAUCUGCUUUUAGUAGAAGGAAUGUCAAUGAAGAAGGAGGAGGUGGUUAGUGCUGCACAUCUCAUUCAAGCAGCUAAACUUGGGAAUGCAAAAGCAGACAGCAUUCUCAGAACAGCUGGGAUGGCAUUAGGCCUUGGAGUUGUGAACAUUCUGCACACCAUGAACCCCUCUCUUGUGAUCCUUUCUGGAGUUCUAGCUAGCCACUACGUUAAUACUGUCAAAGAUGUGAUAAAUCGACAGGCUCUGUCCUCUGUUAAAACUGUGGAUGUGGUGGUCUCAAAUCUAGCAGAUCCUGCUCUUCUUGGGGCUGCAAGCCUGGUACUGGAUUAUACUACACGUAGAAUAUACUAGGUACCUGGAUGAAUUACAGAAAAAGACUAUUCAGAUUCCGAAUGGGUGGAGGGAAUUUCUUUGAGAGCAGCUACUGAAUCAGAGUAGUGUUUUGAAUAGUUAGUGACUACUUCCUAAUUGAGGUAUUAUCUUUUUGUAUUUUUCCUAAAUUUCAUCUGACUUCAUAGGAACUACUGUGCAAUUCUGUUGGGUUUUUAUCACCCAUAUGUUGCUUUAAGUGUAGCUGAAUUAUUUAUGAGCAUAUCUUGAUAUAUGGUGGGUAAUAUGUGUAUGAUGUGUCAAAUUAUAGCUAACACUUGGGGAUCCAUAUCUCAUUUCCCACUUAUGUGAAAUGAGAAGUCUACAACGUGACCAGCUUUUCAGCUUCUAGGCUUCCACCUGUGAAGCAAAUACGAUGUAAUCACCAAUAGCAGGUAGUAAUUUCCAGUGGAUGGAAAUGAGGGAAAUUGCCUCUACAAUCAAAAAGGCUGCAUCUGGAAAUUGUGGUUCAUGAUGGAGUGGGUGGAGGCAGUUAUUUAUUAUAUCAUCUUUAGAGGGCAGAGUCCCAUUUUAAAAGCUUUGCAUACAAAGAAAAAAAGACCAUGGUCUAGUGAGCUUACAGCCUGCAGAGCAGUCCAAACUGACAAGUACAGCAGUAAGCAUCCUUGUCUUCUGGCUAUGGCCAACAGUAAAUUAUUGUUUGAGGUUUCUCAAGGGACUUAAGUCUACUACUUUACCAAAUUACCAGACAGGGGACUGUUUAUUCUUUGGUAGCCAGAUAUGGCAUAUCUGAUCAUAAGACUCUGCCUUUCAGGAACACUCUUCCACUUCAGAGUGACAUAGUACAUUGCUGGUGACUGAAAGUACACUGUUCUAGUCCUGCAUUCACCAUUAGCUCAGAGGACGGAAACUAAAAUCUGAGCCUUAUCCUCACCUUCCACACAUUCAGAAGCCUGGGAGCAAAGUAUGUCAAAUACCAAUGAAGGCUUGGCUAGGUAAACCACAGUUUAU